AUGGCGCUCAACGCUGUGCACAUUCGCGCUUCCCGCCCCGCCUCCGAACUUGACGCCGGCUACACUUCGUCAAAGACCAUCGACGACGACCAUGAAGCAGCUUGGCGUAAUCUGCGCACCGGGACCGUGCUCCGUCCGCCUCCUCGAUUCGUCAAGGCCACUCAGCUGAGCGAGUCGAAUCAACCGAGCACCUCGAGCGACCAUAACCCUCCCACUCUUUCACAGCUCUACGCUUCUCUCACCCAGGACUCGCGUUACCCACGCCCGCAUUCGCCUUCGUUGCCCCCAACACCGCACCCUCCGCACGAUGACGAUCAGCACGUCCACGCACAGGGAAAGGGCAAGCCGAGGUUGCAUGAUUCCUCUCACCGACAUCAUCACCAGCACCAUCCAGAAACACGUCACAGGUCCGAGUGGUUCAUCUCCAGAGCGCUCACAAAGAUGCGCCGCUCCAACCAUGCGCCUACUCAAGCUGCCCACACUGCUGUAGCACAGCCUCCCGCCGCGCCUGCCGCUUCCUCCGCCUCCUCCAGGAGGCAGCGCUGCCAGCGCUGUGGAGACCUCCUUCCUGCCAACGCCACGCCCGAGGACAUGGCGCGCCACCGCCAAAGCAUCGGCCAUCGCCUCGGCCUCAAUGCGGACCUUGCCUCGGCUUCCGCAUCCGAGGCACCCUCUCCGGCCGCGAGCAAAUCGCCAACCCCAGCUGCCACCCCUCCACCCGGCUCAGCUUCGGGCCCAACCGCUGCCAUCUCACUCCUCGAGGCUUCCAUGCAGGCGCUGCAUCGUCGCUCGCAAAAUAUGCCCAGGCGACUGUGCAACGCGCCACGCUGGAAGAAGAUCGCCAGGGACAACGUCGGGCACACCAUGCUCUCGCGUAUGGGCUGGAAGGAAGGAAUGGGGCUCGGCGUGCUCGAGUCGAAGCGACACCAGCAAACACGCGACAAGCUCAAGCAGAAGCGGUCCAACGCCGUGCGUCUUCUGCUCCGCCAGCAAGCAUCGGUGGCGCAGCCUGGUCCGGAUGGGCUCGGAUCCGACCGGACGGCGAUCGAGCCGCAGGUGCAGGAGGAGUGGCUGCAGCUGAUCAGUCACCAGCCAUCGUCAUCGCAACGACAGCUGGAGCCGUUGCCGCACGAAGCGGCGUUCCCCUUUGAGCAUCAAGAUCAUACCCGAGAGCAGCAGCGGCAGAUGGCGCAGUCGUGGCUCGACGGCAUGGCGCAGACCGAUGCAGACUGGUUCCAGCACCUGAGCGACGAGGACCGGCUGGCGUUGGAGCAAGCAUUGCUCACGGGUCAGAUCACGCUCCAAGACAUUCAGACGGCGCUGGGGGACAUUACACGCGACCAACGAUCCAGCGCGCAUGCACUCGCAGACGCGGCAGAGGGCAGCGCGCUUCUCCAUCCCGUGCAGGUGGAGCUGCGCAGGGAUCGCGUCGGCCUCGGUGCCGAGACGGCGCCUGCACGUCACCGCCGACGGUCGCGCGACGAGCAAGGCAGUGUAUCCAUCCGCAGGACGUCGUCUCCGUCGCUCGACAUGCUGGACGGCGCGCACAAGAAGCCGCGUUCUGCUGCGCCCGCUUCGACGGGUGUGGUCAGCAGAUCGAGCUCCAGGGCAGCCGUGCACAAACGCACCGCUCAGCUCGCCGCGAGGAAGAAGCGGCAGCGCGAAACGGCGCAUCAACAGAGCAAGCGCGAGUGGCUCGACCUGCGUGCAUCGCUCUCGUGA